AGCGAGAGACACACAAAGAGGUUGGGAGAGAGAGACAGAGAGCGAGAGACACACACAGACAAAGAGGUUGAGAGAGAGAGAGGCGCGCGCUCGCGGAAGUACGUCAUUUUUGGGGGGCGACGACAUCACUGGUGAAAGACAUUUAAUUGUUAUUGUUAGCCGCUCUUUAUUAAAAAAUACCCGCACAUAGCAGAAGUGUACUGAAAUUUAAUUUAAUUUAUUUUUUAUGCGCAAGAUAACGAAGUUUACGGCCACGGAACGGUUUGUGCGCGCGGCUUUUUGUCAUGACGGCAGAAAUCAUUGUGCACAGAGUGAAACGGCAUUAAAGGCGUCCGGCGUGAGCGAGCUGCGCGCGGCUUGCUUUCCUCAGGGAGCAGCGGUCCGGCCCGCGCCUCGGCCGGGGCUCAGCACACCGCGCUCACCGCUGCCGCACAGCCACACGCGCUUACAGCGACAAAUGGCCGCAUGGCUCAUUAAACGCUGUAUUUAGCCAUUAUAUCGUUAUUUACACACUCGCUCCUGUCGCUGGCAUUUACCUCAGCAGCUAGUGUUUGUAGCUAACUCAGUUAGCCAGCUAAGCUAACAAGAGCCGCCUGCUGACAGAUAAAUCCUUCAUCCAGGCUUUAGUUACUGUGCAGUUUACCCUCGUUUUAUUUGCGUCGGUGUUUUAUGGUUAUGUGUACAGCUGUGUGCUAGCUGCUUGUUUCUCUGGAACGUGUACACUCCAGCUGCCUUAAAGACACGUAAACAACAACAACACCAAAAGGUUUAUGUGAAAUCAGCCUGAAACACACGGGAUCAAGCAAACGGAAAUAUGAACGAUGCAGAAACAGCCACUAGGAAGCACGCAAGUUCCCAAGAGUUGCAAACCCCCAAAAAUGAGGAUGCUUAUGAAAUCUCCAUCCCAUUUGAGGAGAACAACUAUGAACAACAGGGUGGCUUUUACAACCAGAACGAUCAAAACUUCGACAGUCAGUGUAAUGAUCCUCCAGCUCCUGCAAGCUCGUACUUGUUGAUCACAAAUCUACGCACACAGCUGCAAAUUUCUCUGGAAAAGAACUCGUGGCUUCAGAAACGCAUUGAAGACCUGGAAGAGGAGAGAGACUUCCUGCGCUGUCAACUCGACCGCUUCAUAUUCUCCACCAAGAGUCAAGAAAGCAACGGCAAUGAUUCUCGCAGUUUUUCAUGGAGGAGACAACGGGACAAUGAACGUGAUCAGCAAGCAGAGGUUCAGCGUUCAGCCAACCGUCAGUCAUUCCCACAGCGGCCUGCUCAGCAGCCCCCAACCAACUCCAAGGUCAUGAGUACUGGUUCUGGGCCAAUUAGUGCCCAGAUAAGUUCAAUGUUUGGUCCUUCCCACUCUCAGCCUCUCCUACACAGCCAUGGAGGUGGAGGUAGCAGUAGUGGCAGUAGCAGUAACAACAGAUCUAUGAAUGAUCUACCAGAGUCACUCUCACUUUUGGGAGAAGAUGAAGAAUAUUUGGAGGACAGCUACCUGGAAGAAGAUGAAAUGAUGUCUGGGGAGGAUGUGAUGCCAGAAAACAUGACUAUAAGGAAUAUGGGUACCCCUGGGAGGCCUCCUGGGGGUCACCCUGCCCUGAAAAGGAGGAGAGUCUUCAGAAUAGCCAGAGGCCGAGAGAGACAGAGAGUGAAAGAUGCUGCUGGGGUGCUGUUCCGCUAUAAGAAAAUUCUGGUGACGUACCAGCGGCUGAAGAACAUGUCCAAGGCUUUCCAGAUCCAUGGUGUGGACCGUAACACGGUGGCCUCCACAACCCCCAUUGCAGAGCUGCUUCUUGUGGCUCCAGAGAAGCUGGCCGAGGUGGGCGAGUUUGACCCGUCCAAAGAGAAGCUGCUGGACUACGCACGGCGCUGCUACAUCGCUUUGGACCCCCAAACCCGCAGCAAAGUUCAGGCACUGAAGAAGAACAAUCUCUUACUCCCAAUCUCUUAUAGGUUGAAAGGAGCCGACGGCCGGUAAUUGGACGGGAGCGAGUGACUUCUGACCUGUUGUAUCAUAGAAUCUCUCACUGUAUUUUAAUGCACCAUAGAGCACAUCUCCCCUCUGUCAACCUCCAUCCUGGUGUUGAGAUCAGGUGUAGGCUAAAUCAAACUGUACUGUAUUACCUCUGUUCUUCUCCACAGUGCACAUACAUAGAGCUGAAAAGGGCUGGGCUUCCAGGAAAACUGUUUGGUAGAUACUGUCACUUGUAUAUAGAAGUCUGUAUAUUGUGAGAACUGUCUGUCUUGGGCAUGAGCCCUGCACCCUCUAUAGUUCUGUGAUGUCCAGUGUACUGAAGUACUGUAUCAGGGGGUUCUCAGCUACAUUCCAGGAGGCCAGUGUGUGUUUCCAUCUCUGUUUGUGUUGUACAUGUCCCUCAGUACUUGUUGCUGAACUGGCCUGAGUUUCCCAAAAGCAUCGCAGCGCAAAGCUCAUGGUUAAAUGGUAGAGCGAGCAACACAAUGAAUGCUCUCUUUCUUCAUUAAGAGGCUUUUGGGAAACCCACCACUGUUCAGUGCUAGUCAGAGGGGUACACAUACAGUGCCUUGCAAAAGUAUUCAUACCCCUUGAACUUUUUCACAUUUUUCCGCCUUACAGCCACGAACUUAAAAGUUUUUUAUUGAGAUUUUA